AUGCAUUUGAUUGGCUUGUGUGUGUUCAUUUCCCACAAGAGUGACUCAGUGGUCUUUGAGGACGUGGCUGUGAACUUCACCGUGGAGGAGUGGGCUUUGCUGGACCCGGCUCAGAGGAAGCUCUACAGAGACGUGAUGCUGGAGACCUUCAGGAACCUGGCCUCCGUGGGUUCUGAGCGGGGCAACUGGGAGACGAUGUUAGCCGGCUCUGAGGAGGCGGGGCAGGACAAGCUCAAGGUGCACAUGAGGAAGCACACGGGCGAGAAGCCGUACCUGUGCCAGCAGUGCGGGGCGGCGUUCGCUCACAACUACGACCUGAAGAACCACAUGCGCGUCCACACUGGCCUGCGCCCCUACCAAAGGACGGCUGCAACGGCGUGCGCGCCGAGGGUCCCGGUUUCCCUGCGCCGAGGCUGGCGGGGGCUGGGGGGCUUCCAUCCCGGGCAGGGGCCCGGCCGGGCGCCGGCUGACCCUCGGCCCGUCCACAGGCAGGACAAGCUCAAGGUGCACAUGAGGAAGCACACGGGCGAGAAGCCGUACCUGUGCCAGCAGUGCGGGGCGGCGUUCGCUCACAACUACGACCUGAAGAACCACAUGCGCGUCCACACUGGCCUGCGCCCCUACCAGUGCGACAGCUGCUGCAAGACGUUCGUGCGCUCCGACCACCUGCACAGACACCUCAAGAAGGACGGCUGCAACGGCGUGCCCUCGCGCCGCGGCCGCAAGCCCCGGGUGCGGGGUGGCGGGCUUGGGGGCCCCGACCCCGCCCCCGCCCCGGGGGCACCUGUGCCGCCCGGCGCCCCCGCCCCGCCCGGCUCGCCGGACACGCGGCGCAACGGCCAGGAGAAGCACUUUAAGGACGAGGACGAGGACGAGGACGAGGCCAGCCCCGACGGCCUGGGCAGGUUGAAUGUAGCGGGCGCCGCGGGGGGAGGCGACGGGGGCGCCGGGGCCACCGCCGAUGGCAGCUUCGCGGCCGGACUCGCUUGAAAACCAAAAAAAGAGAAAACAGAAACCCGAGAGAGAGAGAGAGAGAGAGAGAGAGAGAGAGAGCAAAUCACCCACCACCCCCAAAAAACACAAAAAAAGAAAAUCUAUAUACAGAUAUCUAUAUCUAUAUAUAUAUAUAUAUACAGAUAUAUAUAUAUGAAGCGUCACAGAAUCUAGGGUAGUGCUUUUCUCAGAUUUUUCUCCUUCAUGAUGUUCUCUCCCUCCACGGGGACCCUCGCCCCACCCCACCCCCAGCCCCGCUUGCCCCCCACCCCGUCGAUGGCUUUCGGGGCUCAGCUUGGGGUUUUUGUGGGACACGAGGAUUCUGAGCUCCCCGGGUGCCCCGCGGUUCGGAGUCUGGGGUCCCAUCGGAGGCCCGAUCAGGGCCCCAGGUCCCGGCAGGGGUGAGGGUGGUCACGGGGGCGUGGGCCGGGGACGGGGUGGGGGGGACGACGACGACUUUUCUUUUCCUCGCCCUGCCCCGCCCCCGCUGGUUUCUAGAGUCUUUUGAGAUAAGACCUUAAAAAUGAUUUGUGUCCGCUGUGAGCGGACGUUAAAACGGCCCCAUCCGCACCCCCACCCUCUUUCCUCAGGGCACUUCCGAAGUGGGGGUCUCCCCCUCCGUCUCCCCGACUGCCUCCCCGCCUCCUGUCCCUGCCUGUGGUCCCCCGGAUCUCCUGGCCACCGCGACACAAAUCUAUUUAUUUCCAGGCGUGGAGAAAGGGGAGAAGACGGGGAAGCGGGGUGGGGGAGGGCACCAGGGUGACUCCCCAAGGGCCCCCGCCGCCUUCCUUCACGGCACUUACAACCCGGCGGGACCUGCGGGCCGCCACUCAGGGCGCCCCUGCCACCCCCGUCUUGGUCCCCCAACCCAGGCCCACCCCAGACCCCAUGAGACGUUUGGAGAUUCGAAACUUUUUGUCUUCACCCUCUCCCCUUCCUCUAGCCCUGUCCCGAUUUUUAAAAGCACUUUUUAGAUUUUUUUUUUCUCUUUUCCUCCUUAAAAACAAAAUUUAUAUAUAGAUAUAUAUAUAUAUAAAAUAUACUUUUCCUCAGAGGAGCAGGCGACAGUGUGGGGUGAAAGAGCCAAGAUCAGAGCGAACGCAGGGUCUCACGGUGGCAGGGAUGUGGGGAGCGAGAGUGUCCAGAAGUUCCAAUGUCACAAAAGCAAUAAAAACAAGAUUUUACAAAAAUGAAAGGAAAAAAAAAACAACAAGACAACCAACCACAAAUAGAAGUCUUGGCACUUUGUAACAGAACGGGUACUACACUUUAUCUUAAUUCUUAAUUUAAAAACAUGUUUACAAGUUGCAACCAACUUCUAUGAAAAGUCAAAAAGACAAAAAAAAAAAUAAAAUAAGAGAGAGAGCGAGAGAGAGAGCGAGAGAGAGAGCGAGAGAGAGCAAACAAAUUCCUAAAAGUCGAUUUAUUUUUGUACAAAAUAAUAAAAAAAGAAACCCACCACAGACGUAGAAUCCACUUCUGUUCCCCCGAGGUGAGAAGGGGGUCAGGAAGUCACGGGUGAGGGCGAAGCCUUCUGAGGUAUUUGUGCUUUACCACGGGGGCUCGCCUUGCAGGCAGGACUGCGGGGUUUUUGUGUUUCUGCCGUGUCCCCCCCCCCCCAGCACCUCCCCCCCCAUUCUGUCCCUUUUUGGGUUCUGAUUUGGAGACGUCUCCUCACCUGCUAGCCAUACAGUGGCCACCCGUGUCCGCGGGGACCCUCCUUACCGACUCCCCAGCUCAGGGAUGGGCCCGAGAGAGGGCUGGCCUUCCAACCAGCCAGAGCAAUCCCGUCUCCCUGCCCUUGUCCCCCGACCCUUGCUGUCCCCCCACCCUCCAACAUGGCCGCCCUUCCUUGUGGCCACCGAGGAGCUGCCAUCUUGGAUACGCCAUCCCCACCAAGGUGGGUGACAGGGGGCCCCACCUCCAGGGCCUUACUCCACCCCCCACUGCACCCCUCUUUUUACUCAAAGGCACUGACUGUAACCUGGGGGCUGGCACCCGCCUCCCCCGAGCCUCUGGCUCCCCAAAGGCCCGGCGUUGACCGAGCCACAGGCCACGGACUGGGGCCAGGGCUGGGGAGGCCGUGUCGCCAGAGGCCGGGGCACCCUCCUCCCCCCACCCAUCCCCCGUCGCAUAUGCAACCCUAGCGUGGGGCCCUGUAAAUAGACGCUCUGCUGAGCGGAGACCCUUCCUCGUCAAAAGCCGGAGGUGCGGGGGGUGUCCCCACUUCCCGCCUCUAGCUGCUGGCCCGUCACCCCGUGCCCCUUGGUUCUGUGACAGACCCCAUCUCUUUCUUGUUUUUAAAGGGAAGCUUUUAAAGAAGGCAACUUUCAUCAUUGUUUCUACAGGACAGUUUGUUGUUUCCUCCUGCUCCCCCCACCCCUGAGCCCGUCAGCCCCCCAGAUGUCUCAGGAACCCCCCUCCUGAGGGGGGUGGCAGGGGAGCCCAGGGCCGGGUGGCCCCGCCCACACCCCAGCAUCGUGGGGCGAGCUCUCUCAGAGAACCACCCGUGGAAGCCGAACAGGGAGCUCGAGUGCCCAGGCUAGGGACCUGCACCCCUACCCCACCCCAGCUCCCAGAGAGGUUCCCUGAGGGGACAGGCCUCUCCCCAACUACCCACACACCCCCUCGCAAUAAAACCAACUGAAAAAUCACAGCUGUCGUCCUGGCCGGGUGAGGGGAGACCAGACUUGGGGGAUUAAGGCCUCUGGGACUACAGAGGGGGCAAGGGCUGAACCCCCGCCGAGCACACUUUAACACAAACCUCCUCGGGAAUUGCACUAAACCCCUACCCCUAGCUCUGCGCUCAGCUUCCGCCAGCCUUGCCCACCCACUCCGCCUUAACCACUCUCCUGCUGCCCACCAGCCCAGCCCCGGGGGCCACAGCAUCUGCAUGGGCCCAGAGCCGGGACCCCCGCCCUCCCAGCCCAGCCCCUGCCCCCAACUCCGCGCAAUCACAUACUGUAUAUAGACGUGGAUCAAUUUUAUUUUUAUUCUUUAAAUUAAGGUCGUGAUAAAGUGUUGCCAAAGAUACUGCUGAAUUCUCGCGUUUCAGGAAACAAACAAACAAAAAAAAAAAAAAGAAAAAAAUUUGAGGGGGAACGUGCUGACUGGUCAGAAAGGACACAGCAAAAAGUUUUUUUGUUUGGUUGUUUGGGUUUUUUUUUUGUGGUUUCUUUUUUUGGGGUGUUUUUUUUUUUUUAACUGCCUGGUACAAAAAAAAAAAAAAAAAAGAAAAGAAAAAAAGAAAAA